AUGGCUGAAGUUCGAAUCUUCGUGGAGGAAGUCGCAAACAUAAUUAAUAUUUCCACAGAAAAACAAGAGGAAAUAAUAAAACAACUGGACUAUGAAUCGAUUUCGAAAAGGUGGCAGCUGAAAUCAGUUUCUAACGAACAAUGGGAAUCCAUGGGUGCUCCUGAUGGAUUUGUCACUAUCUUACAAACCUGCCUUGAUAGACAUGCAGAGCGUGAACUUGAAGAGUUGAAGAACACAAUAAACUCAGAUGUGAACCAUGCGAUUGCCUCAGCGCAACCUCGCGCCAGAAGUAAGACAGGAAGACGGCGCAGGCUAUCGAAAGCUAAUUCUAUGAGCGAGCUCGAUCUGGAUAAUGCCAAUAAAGAGGCCAGUCCUGUCGCCCUGGAGCUAAGGCGAAGGAAUAGUGUCGGACCCCGUCGCCGAUCAUCCAAUUCAGGUGGCUCACUAAAUAACUCUCUAUCGGAUCUUAUCGAUCUUAUUGGCGAUAUUGGCGGCGACAAGGAGAGUAAUCCUGUUGCCCCAGCUUCACCUGUACGACGAUCGAGAAAUACUAUCGGGGACACACGCCGUGUAUCAAAGUCCCCUGAAAAGCGUCGUGGUGUGAUUGGGCAUGAUGUCAGUGAUAAAGAAUUGGAAAUUGCAGGCGGCCAACGAAGUACCAGCCGCGGACCUCGGCGUCGAGAGUCCAGAUCUGUUGAAUCUCUGAAUGAUAUCAAUCGGCGUGUAUCAAAGUCUCCUGAAAAGCACCGUGCCGUGAUUGGACAUGAUGUCAGUGAUAAAGAGUUGGACAUGGCGGGUAAAAGAAGAAGCAGCACUGGACCUCGGCAACGAAAGUCCAAAUCAAUUGAGCCUCUGAACGAUGUCAAUCGGCGUGUAUCAAAGUCCCCUGAAUCUCGCCGUGCUGUGAUUGGCCAUGAUGUCAGUGAUAAGGAACUGGACAUGCAGGGACAAAGACGAAGAAGAAGCCUUGGACCUCGUCGCCAAAAGUCAAAGUCAAUUGAGCCUCUGAAUGACGUCGAAAUUGUCGGUGGCGAUGAUAAUGGGCGUCGACGCCGAAUGUUGAAGUCUGCCGAAUCUCUCAGAAGUCUUGGGGAUAUUGAUACAGGGAAUACGGAUAGCAAUCCUAUCGCAGGAGCCUCACCUGGAAGACGACGAAAGUUAAAGUCUGCUGGGUCUCUCAGAAGUCUUGGUGAUAUUGAUAUUGGUAAUACGGAUAGCAAUCCUAUUACAGUAGCCUCCCCUGGAAGGCAAGGACGGAGGCAUACUAGCCUUGGGCCACGUCGUUUUUCCAAAUCCCCUGACAAGCGUCGAGCUGUCACUGGCAAUGAUUCCAGCCAUAAAGACCUAGACGCAGUUGAACGCAGCAGACUAAACCGACAAGAAUCUCGACGCCGGCUCCAAAAGAAGACGGCUUCGGCUAGCAGCACUCUUCCUUUAAAGGGUGAAGAAGGAAACGGUCGCACCAACAGCGGUCUCCGUCAAAGUAAUAGAGGUACAAAAGCCGACGACAACAGUGUUGGCAGCGGAUGUGGACUUAAAAAUAGCACCAGCGAUGACGAAAACAACGUUGGCAGUGGACGUCGACGAGCGAGAGGUAAAAGUUCCAAUUAUGCCGCCUUUGGUCCAAAAACUCAAAGAUCACUAGUUUUGGCACCGCGACCACAAAGUCCUGGUGGACCCACGCAACUCGACAAUGACGGAACGAUGAAAACAAGACGACGAGCUAGAACAGCAAGAAGGCCAAGCGGCGGCCGUCUACAAUCGGAAAGUCAGUCGCCACGCCGAUCUUUUGCAAGAUGCCAAUCCGAAUCGCCCUCUGCAAAACGAGCGUUGGUAAGUGAACUGAAUCUUCCAGCUGCUCCCAUGUUCGACAGAGCUAAUAGCUCUGUGCAUCUUGGGUGUUCAGCUAAACAGGCUGCCAAAUCAGAUAUAGCACAAUUCCAGCCCUCCUUGGAACACGCCGUUCAAAGGAACAACCGAUCGUACUUACCCUCCAAUGACUCUUCGUCCCCCCAGCCUUUGAGUAUGCCGGAGCACUCGUUUUCCAUUGAAAAAGACACCAACUCCGGCCGCUUCUGCUACUUGUCCCGUGGUAAAAUCCUUUACGAGUGGAAUCAGAGCUUUGACACAAUGGUUCUGAUGGUUCCCAAGCCACCUGAAGUCCCAGAGGCCGACGUCGUCUGCACCAUUGAAGAAUCGUCUCUCCAAUUGGGACGCAAGGGUGACAGGCAGGCAUUCUUCCAUCGGCCAUUGGGUGGAAAGUGUAUUCCCGAGAGUUCGAUUUGGGUCCCAUACGGAGGUGCUGAUGUCAAGGGUAUUAUUGUUCAUCUAAAGAAGGCCAAUCCUGGUGAGAAAUGGCAGCGCCCACUUCUGGCAGUCACUGGCACUAAAGUCAAGAAGACAGAGCGAUCUGCUCGCCGAGAUUCCCUCCCAGAAGACUUUGGAAGCCCGAGACUGCACAAAGAUUCCAUCACAGAUGCUGCCCACCAAAAAGAAAGGAGAAGAAUGAGUAUGGGACAGAAAUCUUCUUCGAGCAGAGGAUUGGAAAUUUUGGAACCGGAGAACAUAAAUUGCACUCCUAGAGCCGUCGCCAAAACCGGAGUUGACCUGGAAACACUUCAGCACGCAAAUAGGGUCGAGAAAUUUUCAUCGCACUCUGUGGAUUUUCUUUUGGAUCUUCCUGAUGAGGAGACAGGCUCCGAAGAUGAUGAGGAGAGUUUCUGGGGCUCUUCGGCAAGUUUGCCGACAUUAGGUCCAAAUCUCACGGAAGAAGCUGAUGAAAAGAGGGGAAAAGAGGGGAAAAAGAGGCGCAGUAGGCGACGACGAAUAAAAAGAGGAAGCCGACAAAUGAUUUUGCAAGCGGCUUCUUCAAUGUCACCAGGCAAAUUGAAGUUUUCGAUUACAAAAAGAACCCUUUCAACCGACACUUCUGAUAGUAAAACAAACGGCAAAGGACUUGCGGAAGGCCCGAUGCACAGCAGCUACCAGCAGUUGGAUGGUGGUGACAAUGAAUCAGUCUUUUCCAUGAACGACGAGUCUGGAUCGUCACCCAAACAGCAGCCAUUAGAAGGGAAAUCUGAACCCAAUUGCUUUACGCAUAUGCUGGUGGAAGCAGCCCCGUUGCCGUUUGACGCUGACGAGAAUGCCAUAGCAACCUGA